AGAGGCCCGAGGCGCACGCUGGCCCCUACCUAGCAUCUCCACGGCGACCGUUGCAGAGACAGAAUGGCGACUGAAGAGAAAGAGGUGGCCGCUGCGGAGACUAUAAUAGCAGACAUUCAGAAGAAGAUCACGGACGCUUUUGAGGUGUUUGAUCAUGAAUGCAAUAAAACUGUGGAUGUCAGAGAGAUUGGCACCAUUAUUAGGUCCCUAGGCUGCUGUCCAAGUGAGGGAGAUCUACAUGAUAUGCUUGCAGAGGUGGAAGAAGAAGAACCAACUGGGUUUAUUCGCCUGGAAAAAUUUCUUCCUAUGAUGACUAGAGUGUUAAUGGAAAGAAGAUAUCGGCCGAUUCCAGAAGAUAUUCUUUUGCGUGCAUUUGAGGUGUUAGACCAAAAUAAAUGUGGUCAUCUUACUAAAGAGGAGUUGGUGAAGUAUAUGACUGAAGAAGGUGAACCUUUUACACAGGAAGAAAUGGAGGAAAUGCUGUCUGCUGCUGUAGAUCCAGAAACAAAUAAUGUGCGCUACAAAGACUAUAUUUCAAUAAUGGUUGUAGAUGAAAGCUAAGCACUUCUUGGAUAAGUCAUGUAUUUGAACCUUCUGCUUUUUCCAUGUAAACUAAUUUUCACUGAAGUUGUGCUGUAUGAGAUUGCUGCAGAAUCCAACUUAAAGGCUAAUGUUGAAAUAA